AGACGAUGGUUACCACUUACCCUCCCUGAGUUUGCUGGUUGGGUCAUGGGUGUCGGAAGAGUGUAGAGGGGAAAUAACGAUCAGAUUCAGAGAAGCAAUGAGAAGGGUCCCUUUGCAUUCAAAAUCCACCGCCGCCACAAUGGAAGAAGAAGAAGAAGAAGAAGAAGAGCACCUUGAGAACAGCAACAACAGCAGCUGCUACUACCCUGGUUGCAAGAAAGAUGCUAAUUGCAGCUGUGAGAUUUGCUUGGCCAGCAUCAAUGCCACCCUUGAUCUCAUGCCAAUGAGCAUUCACAAAAGCUCUCUCACCAAGCUCUCUGCUUCCAAACCCAACAACAAUCUUGAGUGUACUCCAACUCCAAUCUCCUUUGACGCUUCCCAUUUGUCCACACCAAAGUCAACUGCUUCUCACAUACUACCAUCUUCUACACCUGCCAUUAAGUCCACUGCUAGAUCAUCAUCAGUUUUCAACCAGAAAAUGCAUAACGACGAGGAGGACAAGAAGAAGGGAAAACAACGGUGUUUCACUGGUCUCAAUAUCUUGAGAAUUCUGCUGGGUUUAGGGUUCCUUUUGUGCGCAGAUAUUGUUUUCCCCAAGAUUGUUUCUGGGAUCAUUCGCCCUGCCUUGUCACCUGAUUUGGUGAAAAGGGUUGGUGAGAAAUGCUGGCAUGUGCAGGAUUUGAAUGGAAAGUUGAGGUUUUUGCAGAAAGAGUUGGCAAGUUUUGUUGAUGGAAAGGUUUCUAAUUGCAGCCAUGUUCAUUCCCUCUGGAAAAUCAGCAAGGAUGGUGUACUAUUGAAUUCAAGGUGCACAUUGUACAAAUCAGCAAUUGAGGAAGUAACAGUAUGGGGAUGGCCUUUGCAGACAUCAGGAUUGCUCACAACUGGCUUCUCUUCCACAACAUUCACUAUCUUAUCUGGAAGACUCUCUGAGUGGAAUGGUGGACAUGUUAGCUACUUGGUUAGAAAGGCCAAUGCUUCAUGGGUUCAACCAAAAUGGGGUGCCUCCGUGGUUCAAUUACACCCCAACACAUGGAUUCUUCAAUAUCGAAGAAGCUAUUGCACCAGAUUGCAUUCAGCAGCACUGGACUUCCUUAAAUCUAGGAUCUCAAGAAUUGUUGGCAGAGUCAAGAAAAGUUUUUGGAUGCUUGCUGCAGUGGAGGAUACUUUAUACAAUGAAUUCAGAGCAAACAAUGGGAUUCAAAUCCCAACUUGAAGCCUAAACAAGCAAAGCUCAUUUUGGAGUUAUCAUCAAUCAAAUAAAGAUUAGCAUGGACCAGGUUCUCAUUUCUUAUGAGAAGCUUCAUUUUCUUCUGCUAAGGUUCUUUUUAAUUUGCAUUUUUCUUUCAACCAUGGAUCGAUACUCAUUAGUUUGACUAGUCUAAUUUGCCACGUCUGUUUUAGAGGAAAGCGGCGCCAGAAUGUGAUUUGGUCAAAAACUGAAAUUACAUUCUCAACUUUCAAAUGUGUAUUUGUUGUUUUUCAAUCGAAGUUUUUC